UUUUACAUUAUUUAAUUUUAUUAAUUUCAAUUAAUUUUUUAUAUAUAUUAUUUAUAAUUGCUAUAAUAACAAAAAUGAAGUGCGUAUACAUAUAUAUAUUUAAACAUAAUGAAAACUAAUGAAAUAUGUACAUUAAGAAACGAGAUCUGGUAUUCUGUCAUUGUUCUGUCGAUAAGAUAGACAAAUUCUUGAUCAGAAAGAAGAAGACGUACCGUAGAAGAAUAUAAGCUGUGGUCAAUUGAUCGAACGAUUGGUGAUCGAGUGCUUUUGCUGUUCGGUAAAUGUAAAUGUGUGUUGUAUCAACGAGGAUUAUUGUGCAAGUACUGAGUACUUGUCGAAACAUGAAAUCUGAAAGUCGAUAGUAACCUACGGUUCAGGAGAGUAGUAUAAGGUAACGGUCCCUUGCUUUCGUCAUGUUGUCAAAAUUGAUGAGGAAGACAAAGUUGACGGGAGAUGCUCACUGAUAUGGAGGUUGUUGAGAAUUCUUUAGUCCGCGGAUCACCUCUACUUGAAAGGUUUCCCGGAAGUUUUCAUACGAGAAACACGCAAAAAGGUAUUCUAUAAGGUGUUCCCGCGGGAUUUGGCGAGCUGGCGAAGCCAGGACGUGAAUACUCGUCAUCCUCGGAGGAUACCGCAACACGUAGCAAAGACAGUGGUAUCCUCGCUGUGCGAGGUCAAUCUUUCACAAUGUCAGGUUUAUGCACUGAUAUAUUAAGGAAAAGUUAUACAGCUGCUCAUAUACAUGCAGAAUGUAGCAAUUUGGCUCAUGACAGUGGCUGUCCACCAUCUCUUACUAAAUUAUUGGAUGAACUGUUAAAUCCUAGUAAAGAUAUUGGUGACAGAGAAACUAUAAAUUGGUGUAAAUGGUUAAUAGCUAGUGGUAAUACGCCAGAAAAAUUUGCUAAAAUAGUGAGAAUGUAUGAUAAUGCUACAACUUGUGGAUUAGUUUGGACACCUAAUUUUGUUGCAUAUCGUUGUCGUACAUGUGGUAUUUCACCAUGUAUGUCUUUAUGUACAGAAUGUUUUAAAAAAGGCAAUCAUUAUGGCCAUGACUUUAAUAUGUUUUUGAGUCAAGCAGGAGGUGCAUGUGAUUGUGGUGAUGCAUCUGUUAUGAAAGAAUCAGGAUUUUGUGAUAGACAUGGACCAAAAGCAGCUGUUGAUACAUCAGCUGCUCCUUCAAAUUUAAUGUGUGUAGCAGAAGCAAUGAUGCCUAGAAUAAUACUUCGACUUAUACAACAUUUACGUGAAAAUUGUACGGUAGGUCGACGAAAUUAUGAAGCUGCAAUACAAGAUGCAGAUGAAUAUUUAACGAUGCUCAUUGAUUUUAAUAAAAUGGGUGCAUUAAUGAGACAUGUUAUGACAUCAGCUUUAACUAAUCCACAAAAAUAUAGGAAUCUUAUGGAUCCUACUGUAUCAACUGGAGAACCAGAAUAUGAUAGUUAUUGUCAAGAUAGUAAUGAAAUAUAUCAAAAUGCAGUAAGAUCAUUACCAAAUCCAGAACCACCUGAUGAAUAUAAAGAAUGUGCAUCAUUACAAGAACAUUUACAACAUACCACUUUUUUAGAAGAAUUAAUGUUUUGGACAGUGGCUUAUCAAUUUCCACAGAAAUUAGUUUGUUUGCUAUUAAAUAUGUUACCAGAUCCAGAAUAUAAAGAAGCACUUACUCGAGCAUUUGUUUUACAUUACAGUAGAGUUUCAAUGAUGCUUGAACGUUCAACAGAUCCUGAUACUUUGAGCAAUAGAGUAGUUCAUGUCAGUGUACAGUUAUUCAGUAAUGAAAGUUUAGCAUUGAAAAUGGUAGAUCAAUUAAAAUUGUUGCAUGUUAUGGUGAUAGCUUUAAAGUAUAUGAUGAGCAAAAUAUUGAUUCAAAAUACUUUACAUGAUCCAGACAAAAAUUUUCAUUAUGUAGUAGAUUGUGAACGUCAAGUGAUGAAAGAACAUUGUUAUUGGCCUAUUGUAUCAGAUUUAAACAAUGUUCUUUCACAUAAACCUAUAGCUGUCAGAUUUAUGAGUGAUGAUACACUUUUAGAAAUGUGGUUUGAUUUUCUAUCUAUGUUUCAAGGAAUGAAUGUAAAUCAACGAGAAGUAAAUCAACAUGUUGAAUAUGAGUCUAAUACAUACUAUGCAGCAUUUAGUGCAGAAUUAGAAGCUAGUGCAUAUCCAAUGUGGGCUCUAGUUUCUCAUUUACGUGGUCCAGAAAGUGCAGUUCUUACUCGUAGAGUUUUAUCAUUUUGUCUCACUGCAUUGCAAGAUUGGCUAGAUGCUAUAAAUUUUACUCAUCCAAAUGUGAGUGAUAGUUUACAAGUGUCUUUUCAUCUUCCAUUGCAUCGAUAUUUUGCUGUAUUUAUGUGCCAAGCUGUGCGUCAACAAGGGGCUACACUCAAUGAUUUGUUACCUCCUACAGACAUGUUACAUCUUUUAAUGAUGCAUCCUUUACGAGUUCAGGUUGCCUUUUAUGAAAUUUUAAAUGGAUUAUGGGUGCGUAAUGGUCUUCAAAUAAAAGGUCAAAUUAUGACAUACAUACAAUGCAACUUUUGUAAUUCAAUGGUAGAUGCAGAUCUUUAUUUACUUCAAGUCUGUGCAACAAAGCUACAACCAGAUAUUUUUCUAAAAACAAUUGUUAAAAAAUUCCUUGUGAAACAAGAGUUGAGUCUUUGUUUAUACAGAACAUCUCAAAAUGAAUACAUGGAUGGGAAACAUGAUAUGCCUAUGUUAGAAAGUUUUUUAACAUUUUUAGCAAUAUUACUUAAUGUUCGAACAAAUUUAGGUUUAUCUGAUCCUGAAAUGUCCCGUUUAGAAAUGGUUACUUUAUUAUCUAUGGGAGAUAAAACUCAUAGUCAAUUAAUGGAAUUAAUGCCAGAACGUUCUGGUAGUACUCAAAAUAGAGAUUUUGAAUCUGUAUUGGCUGAUGUUGCAGUGUAUAGGGCACCUAAUCUUGAAGCUAGUGGAAAUAUGCAGCAAGGAAUGUAUGGACCAAAACCUCGUUUAGUCUGGGAAGAGUUAUUUGAUCCUUUGCAUGUUUUGCUAAGAGCAGCUCAAAGAGGAGAUUUUCAAAUGGCAAUGGAUCGUUUUACUGAAUAUGUGAAGCAAUCAGGAAAAUUAAAAAAUAGUGCAAUUCCAUGGCCACCAUUUAGGCAUCCUGCUCCUGUUUCAUCUGCAUAUGAUGAUCCACGAAUUGUACUACGAUCUAGAGUUUUUCAUUCUAUGAUUUUAAUUAUUUUAUAUAAAUCUGUGUAUGGACAUAACAUAUCAGAGCAUGUAAUGGCAUUGACUAUUUAUUUAUUAGAAAUGGCAGUAAUUACUGCAGAAAUUCCUGAUAAAUCUAUGAAUCCUUUGUGUCAUUAUACUAGUGAUGAAUCAUCUCGUAUAAUAAAAGACAUGGAUUUAGAUGGUUGGUAUAAAACUGAUGACUUGUCUGAAAAUUUGAGAACAAUAAUACCUAAAGUAAUCUUAGUUCAAGAAUCAGAAUCAAGUAGUUCAGAUAGUGAUUUUGAAUGGGAAAUUCAAGGUGAAAUGACUGAGGUUGGAACUUCACUCAUGAUAAAUGAUGCAACAGAUGAAGGUUCUUUAGAAGUUUUAGCUCUUCCAUCUUUAGAUACUAUCAGUAAUGAAAGUGGAUUACAAGUUGCUAUGAAUGCUUCUUUACCUGUUUUACCUCAAGUAAAUGACCAAUUUCAAAUAACUUUUGUACCUGAAGAUGGAAUUGUUACAAUAUCAGAAGCUAAUAGUGAAGAUGAUUUAAUAACUCUACCAAGAGCUUUACCAUCAUCCACCGAAGAAUCCAUGGCCCUUGCCCUUGAAUCACCUCCUCUACCAAACAAUUUUAUUAGUCAAGCAGCAUUACCACCAGUACCUCAACGGCCUGCUGUUAUGGCUGGUAACGAAAUAGUUGCUGCAACAACAAUGUACUCGAGACUAAGUAAUUCUAAUGUAACAACGACAGAAAUUGUUCCAUCUACAUCAAGUUCACAUAAACAUUUUAAAAGAAGAGAAACUCAGGGUGGAUCAUUACAAUCACAAACUAUAAAAGUAGAUGAGAGUAUAAUCACGUUAUUGUUAAAAUUGCACUCACAAUUAUCAGGUGUUCCAGAUAGUUAUAAUCCUGAACAGAGUGCAAUGUCAGAUAAUGAAGCUAGUAGUAGUUCAACUAUAGAACCUAUAGAAUCGCGAAUUGGUGAUGGCCCAUUCUUUAUUGCGAAUCUAUUGAACAAGAUAACAAACUUGGAUCCUAUGUGUAAAGAAGCUAUAAAUGAAGCUAGGAACAAAUUAUGGCCAAGCAUGCAGGAAAGUGAAGAUAAACAACGAGAGAAAGAAGAUCGCGAAAGAGAAGAAAGACGAAGACGAGCAAAAGAAAGACAGCAAAAAUUAAUGGCUGAAUUUGCUAAUAAACGAAAGCAAUUCAUGGAAAAAGCAAUGGAAACAGAUGGAGCAGGAGUAUCUGGUAUGGAUUGGGAUCAAAAAGAUAAUGCAACAAAAUUAACUAGUAAAAAGGAAUAUGAUUGUGUUAUUUGCAGUCAAAGUAGUCCUAGUACUGAAGAUAAUCCUAUGGGUCUUGUUGUAUUAGUUCAAGGAACAAGUGUCAUUGGUCAUGAACGUCAACAACCAGAUAGACUAGUUUUACCUACAUCUGAUGAAGAUCCGCCUAUACCAAAGUGUGAUACACGCGGUGCCUAUUUUGAUCGUAGAAUGGAUGCAAUGGAUCGACAUUUUGAUACUGUCUCGUUGCUGUUAUCCAUUAAUUUAGGUUGGGAAGGUGGAGUUUAUGUUCAAACGUGUGGUCACCAUUUACAUUUAGAUUGUUUGUUGCCAUAUGUAAAGUCUCUUGGUCAUCAACAAAGACAGCUUUCUCUUGCUGUAGAUAGUGGCGAAUAUUUAUGUCCACUUUGUCGACAAUUAGCUAAUUGUUUUCUUCCACUUUCUCCACAAUUAGGAAAACGUGGAACAAUUGUACGAUCUCCUUAUGUUCCUUUUCCUACAAUACUUCCGGAGAUAAAUAAUCUUUUAAAAGAAGUACAACGAAAUUCAUCAACGAAACGAACAUUUUUAUCUGAAGCAAUGCGUAAAGCAGUACAAGAUAUGACAAGGUGCACAAAUUCUAAAUGUCAACAACAACAUAGUUAUAAAAGUUUGUUUGCUUUUAUAACUUCUAUAGCACGAACUAAUUUUGAAAUUGAACUCGUUCAACGUGGCGGAUCAUUGUGUAUUCUUCCACCUACUACAAUACCUUUAAGACCAAAACGUGAUUGUAUUGUUGCACUUCUUGAUGUACUUGCAAAAAAUGCACGUCUAUGUAUGUUUUGGCCAGUACAACAUACAUGGCAACAAUUAUCUGGGUUACCUGCGGAAUCAGCAACUCCACUUGCUCUAACACUACAUGAAGAAGAAGUUCCUUUACUUCUUAGAGAUCCGACUGCUCUUCUUAUACAAUUUAUAUUAUUACUUCCUUUGCAUUUGGAUCAAACAUAUUUUUCUAGUGUAGUAAAAGUAAUUUAUAACUUAUUGUACUAUCAAGUUAUAGUACAAAUAAGCGGUGGUCUCACACAAGCAGAAAGAAAUACAUUUUUAAGGAGAGAAUGUAAUGAUCGCGGUUCUAUAUCUUCAGAAACAAUACUCUGCAAAAUCAUUGAAUAUUUCAAUAACAGUUCACUCUACCAUUCGGAUACUGUUUUAUAUGAUCCAUCCACUUCGUCGUGUACACCAUAUGCACGAGAUAAAAUGCACAGUAUCGAACAACAGAUUCAAUUUAUGUGUUUACCAUUUUUACGAAUAGCUGCAUUGCUUCGUUAUCAUUUGUACGAGGAACCGUUACCUUUAAUUAAAACACCACAAGUCGAAUUUGCAAGAUUAGUAUAUUACUUAGAAUUAGUUACAGAAAGUAUGGAUUGGAAUAUGUUUAAUUCUGCUGUAGCUUUGAAUUGGCAAGAUAAUGAGACUAGUGCAUCAGUACCUCGUAUGUGGUGUGAUCAAUUUCUUGCAUUCUUAAAUCGAAGCGAUGCAGGCAGGUAUUUAAUUAUGGAGCAGCAUAUAUUAUGGCAAGUGCCGAAGUUACUUAGUCUUCCAAGGGAAUAUGAAAAGAUUUUUACGUAUUAUCAUGGACGACAAUGUCGUCAAGGUCAUUCAAUCCCACAGGAGAUUAGUAUUUGUCUGUUAUGUGGUGCCAUUGUUUGUUUAAAACAAAAUCGCAAGCAAUGGAAUGUAUGCGAAGUUGUUCAACAUUCAAUUGAUUGUGGAGGUGGAACUGGUAUAUAUCUGGUAGUAACAUCAACUUAUAUUGUUGUAAUUCGAGGUCAACGUGUUUGUUUAUGGGGAUCUUUAUAUCUCGAUGAUUUCGAGGAAGAAGAUAGAGAUUUGAAACGUGGAAAACCUCUUUACCUAAAUCAAGAUAGGUAUCAAUUAUUAGAACAACAAUGGUUAGCACAUAGGUUUGAUCAUACAAAAAAAACAUGGGUAUGGCAUCGUGACAUACUGUAACAUAUUACAGCAUUAAAAAGUGAUUAUGUUGAAACAAGUCGAAGACUUUUAACAGGUUUAUUCCCAUACAAUGCCUCGCCAAGAAAUAACAUCGCUUUAAGAAUUAACAGAUUGCUCUAAUAUUUUAUGGAUAAUUAUAUUUAUUAUGAUGCAAUGAGUAAGUAGACAUAAUAUUGAAUGAAAGUAUUACAAGAAAAAAAUGAGGUGAGAGCUGAAUUAAUAUUGUUUAUAGUCAUAAUACAUAAAAGAUUAUAUCCGAAGAAAUGUAUGUUUUGAAUUACACAUUGUACAUUCUAUUUAAGUAUAUACAUAUAAAUUAUGUCCUAAUAAAAGAAGUACUUAUUUAGUAUGUAGCAUUUGUACUUAAGAGAUGAGAACUAUUCAAAAUUCUUGAAAAUUUUUUAAUCGAAAUUUUGAUUAUAUUAGAAAUCGGAUAAAUUAUAUCGUUCAAGAUAAAUAAUAUUAUAAUAAUAUCAUGAUUCUUUAGAGAUGAAUUGAAUUUAUUAUGUGCUUCUUUUUAAAAUAGGGAAAAAUAGAAAAAAAGUCAUUAUAUUCUAAUCAUAAAUAAUCAUAAAUUUAUUAUUAUAAUUAAUUUUUUGAUUACUAAAAAUUUUAUUUUAAAACUUCUUUGAAAUAUUAUCUAAAUAUUCUAUUUAAAAAUAGAAUAUUUUAUAUUCUAUUUUAUAUUAUUAUAAAUUGAAAAAUACAGAGGAUUAUAUUAGAUCUGUAAACAUGACAAAAUCAAAGACUGAUGUCUUUAUAAGAACUCUGUUUCUAAAUAAGUUUAACAAUGAACUCGAUUUUAAAUUUGUAUAAUUUGUUGCAAUUCAUAAUGUUUUACUCUGAUUCUGAAUUUAUAUGAGCAAGAUAGAAAUAUCGAUCGUGCAUAAAUUUUUAAUUAGAAGGUGAAGGGAAAAUUUUCAUGUUAAAUUGGCAGAAAUGUUAAGAGAAUAAUUUUGUAGAAUGAUAUAUUAAAUAUAUCGAAAAUGCAAAUUAUCGGAAUAUCAAAUUAACAUAUAAUCAGUAAAAAAAAGUUUGAAUUUAUAAGGAAAUUUAUCUAAACCAAAUUUAAUUUUAAUGAAAGUUUGUAUAUACAUAGAAUAUAAUGGAUUGUAUAUGGAGCAAUUUUUUUUAUCAACAAAAAUUUUUUUAAAAGAAUGAAAAUAAUCUUCAAAGUUUCAACAUUUUUACAAUUUUUGUAUAAUUUUAUUUGAAAAUUUUUUUAUAGUAUGAUACAUUAAAAAUUAAUAUUUUUUAUUUAAAAAGUUUUAUUUUAUCUCAUAUUAUUAUAAAAUUAUACAUCAAAAAUAUGAAAAAAUUUUGAAUGCUGAUUUUAUUUCCUUUAAAUAAUAUUUUAUUAAAAAUAAAAAAUUUUUUUGAAAAAUUAAAAAAAUAAAAAGAAAAAAGUAAUUUUUUUAUUUAUAAUGAAACAUUGUGAAUAUAUAAAGUAUAAUAGAUUAUAUAUAAAGCAAUUUUUUUUUUAAUAAAAUAUCAUUUGAAGAAAUGAAAUAAGUUUCAAGUAAUUUCUUCAUUUUUUAAAAUAUAACUCUGUAAUAAUUCAAAAUAGAAUAAAAGUUUUUAAAUAAAAAAUAUUUAAUUUUUAAUGUAUAUUGUUUAUACUAUUAUAAAAAGAAUUUCCACGUAAAAUUGUAUACAAAAAUUGAAAGAUGUUGAAACUGAAUAUUAUUUUCACUUUCUCAAAAAGAUUUCUUAUUAAAAAUUAAAAAAAAUAUAUAAUCCAUAUAUAUAUAUAUAUAUAUAAACUUUCAAUAAAAUCAGAAAUUUUGAUUUAAAUAAAUUUCUUUGUAAGAUAAUUCAUGAAGCCUUUUUUUUACUAAUUGUAUUUUUAUUAUUAAAAAAAAAUAAAAAACAAAAAAAACAAAAAAAACAAAAAAACAGAAUCAGCAGUGUAGUAAUUAAGUGAGAUUGUUAUUAAUACCAUGUGAAUGAUACUGUAAAAUUUUCUCUGUAAAAAUAGUUUUUGUUUUUAAUUUAAUAAUAUGAAUUCUCUUUGCAACAGUUCAUGAGAAAUUGAAAUUAUUCAUUAAUCAAUGAACUCGGGAUUCAGACAAUAUUUGAUGCAUUAUAUAUUUCUGUAUGCAUAUUUAUGGGCUGUGUAUAUGAACCUAUAAACUCAUUUUAUUGAAUGAACUAUUUAUCUACUCGCUGAUUUUUUCGCACCGGUGCAUAAAUGCUAAUUGAACUGUGGCAAUUAAGUUGUUAUUGUUUUUGAAGAAGCAAUUUGUAUGCAAAUGUUCAACUAAAAGAUUAAAAUUUUUGUUGAACAUUUUGAUUUUUAACAAAGUAUAUUUGCAAACAAAUUUUUUAUUGGACAUUUUAAUUUUUGUUAUGAUAUGAAUAUACAGACAAAAAAUUGCUUCUUCUAAGUUAUAAAUCACUGUAAAUGUGUAAUAAUGAUAGGAUGCCACAUAUUAGGAUUACUAGUUAACUCAAAAUGAUCUGUAUAUAGUUAAUUAUUUUUACGAAUGUCUGCUUAUAAUGUUAAAAAUUUGCGAAUAAUAUGUUAAGAAGUGCUAAAAGAUAAAUAAUAAUAGCAAUUAUCAACUUUGUUCAAUGUAUAAAUAAAAGCAAUUCUAUUAAAUGAAAAAA